GACUUUGAGGCAAGGCGCCGCGACGAGCACGCUCCCUGACACGACGCCGUUGCCCGUACGUCCGACGCCGCCGCAGCGCUCUAUCACAGCCGCCGCUGCCACCGUGCACACUGCCCUUCCAUUUCACGCCGCCCUUACCUGCAGGUCAGCCCGCACGACAGCAUCAUGGGCACUCCCGCGCCGGGCUGCAACGGCACCGUCUUCAACAUCCUCAAGGAGGGGAGCGGCGCUGAGGUGGCCAAGGGUGCAACGGUGACAGUGCACGCGACCGGCGUCGUCAAGGAGUCGGGCAAGAAAUUCUGGUCCACCAAGGAUCCUGGCCAGAACCCGUUCACCUACCGGGCCGGCGUGGGGCAGGUGAUCAAGGGCUGGGAUCAGGGCCUCCUGGGCAUGAAGCUGGGCGAGGAGCGCCAAGUGAUUAUUCCGGGCGCCGAGGGCUACGGCGCGGCUGGCUUCCCCGCGUGGGGAAUCCCGCCGAACGGCACGCUCGACUUCACGCUCGAGGUGCUCAAAAUCGAGUAGACUGCCCCUAGAUACUUCCUCCCGACAGCAAUAGUGGCGCGGCAGGGUUCCUCGGCACGCCGCACCGUCUCGAGGUUGCAGUCGGUACUCCCUCUGCAGCCGCCAUUUAAGCAGCACAUGCUUUU